UAUGCUGUAUGCAGUUCUCUCUUCUUAUGAUGUUGAUUGUUCCUGGUUUCUUCUUACCCUGCGCACCUGGUACCUUCAGGGGAUGCUGGCUGACUUGGAUUGUAGGAGUACACUGCACUGCUGUGGGUAUAGAAAUAAGUGAUAUAAAGUGUUGAAUAUAUGUAUCCAUCAUUCCUUAUUUGGAAAGAUAAUUUUUUGUGGUCAGUUGAGUUUUCUGUAUUGAAAAUAAUACGAGUACGUACGCUUAGAAUAUGAUUUAUAAAUUUUUUGAGAUGUUUUCGAGCAGUGUACCUACAACAAGUUCAUGAAGAUAUUCCAUCAAAUUUCAUCGCGUAACCCGAUCUAAGCUGAAUAUUUGUAACUAUGGAAGUCGACGAUGCUGGAGAUUUGGAGCACGACAAUCCACCAGAAAGACUGUUCGUUUUCCACGAAUCUGUACCAACAUUGCAGCAUAUAGCCAGCCAUACAGUGGUUCUGCAAUUAUGGUAUCAUUACCUCAGUCGUGCGAAAUGUAGAAAAAUACCAGAGAACACAUACGACUUUUUCAGAACAGUUUUUAAUCUGGAUGAAGACUACGAAGGAGAAUCAGGAAAAUUGAUAGAAUUAUUAAAAACACCUCGACGUAUCGAAGAAACGUUGAAAAAAUCCUUGAAAAUGAUUUGUAACGAAACACAACUCUGGAUAAGCCAUUUCAAGUACGAUAUAUUCAGGGAUAGAAUUCGCAGAUAUUGCCCCAGUAAUUUCGAUCUCAAUCUCAUCAUUUGGCGCCAAAACGAUGAAAUUGAUUACAAAAGGAGCGCAUCGAAUAUGUUGAUGGAAGGAAAAUUAAACGCGGAGCAGAAGUUCGUUUUAAUAUGUUCGUAUGGUAUGGCCAAUGAACUAGCAAGAUUUCCCAUAAACUCUCUCCCAGAGUAUUUUUGCUUACUGGGGAUUUCCGAUUUGAUAGUGGCGUAUUGGAUUGCAUGCUAUAGACACGACUUGCAUGAAAUGUGGUUUAGAAUGCCAGGUGUGAUUCGACCUGAAGAUGCUUCGAUCCAUGUCACUAUGGCCGUGGCGUCUGCCAAUCAGGCUUUGCCUUACGCUUUCGAACAUUUUUGGAGUCAAUUAAACGAAGACGAACAAAUAUCGGUUGCUGCUGACAUUCUGCCUGAGUCGUGGGAAUCUGUUAAAAUAAUGCUGACGACGAUGUCUUCCUUUCAACAAUUUCAGCUGGUCAAUCAAAUUCCUGUCGAAUUAAUGAGUGCUUUUUUCAUCGACGAAAAUUCUGCGCAGUUCUGCAGGCCUAUGCCAGAGAGUGUUCUUAUAGUUUGGACCGUCGUAAAAGAUCGAAUUACUGAGCAGCAAUUUGUUCAAUAUCUAGAAAACGUAUGUGCCAAUGCGAUGGGGUGUGAAGAGUAUAUGAUUAUAUUGAUCGAAGUUUGGCAUACAGCUCCGGAUCGUCUUAAGAGACACAUUGUUGAAAACCGUGCUGACAUUUUAUUCAAUUCUUUCAUGCAUUGUCGCGAGUAUUCACCGAGUAGUUACGAAUUUUUCAUGAAAUUUUUGCCAUUGGUGAAUGAACAUACUAGAAGAGAAUUGUAUCUCGCUCUAGAUAUGUCUAUCAUUGCUUCGAAGUGCGACAUUAAUAUCUUGAAUUUAUGUAUCCCUGAUGAAGCCGAUCAGCUGCAACUUGUGAAUCGGAUUAAGGAGUCUCGCGAUAUGGUAGACUAUUGCGCCGGAUUAUUAUACGAUAAGAAAUUCGAUGAAGUAAUCGCCAUAGUGACCUUUUUUUUGGGAAAUGCUCAUGAUGCUCGGGAAUUCUUCAAGAAGAUACUAGAGUCAGACUACAUUUAUGACGAAUCAUUCAUUCUGGAGUAUGAAUCAUGGAAUAAGUUGAAUAAUUUUAUCGAAACAGUUCUUACAGGAGAUUUUUCGACCAUCUCAAGUCUAAAGAAACAAGUGGUUUCCUCUUUUUCCGGUCGCGCUGUUCAUUAUUGGGACGAAAUAGAAAAUUUCAACGUGCUGGUUAAAAUAACCGAGCAAGUUUUUUCGCCUGGAGAGAUGAAAUCUGUCAAGCAAACAUUGUUAGAACAUUUUCAGAAAAAGAUCUCAUCGCCGAAUUAUUGGCAUCUUUUUAAAGAAAAUUGCUUCAAUACCUUUGUAUCGUGGUGUUUAGGUAGUGAAAAUCAGAUUGUUGAUUUCAAGGGAAUUGUUCCGAUUGAUGAAUUUUUCAACGAAAUUUUCCGUGAUAUUUGUUCUUCGCCCGAUAAUAAUCCUCAAAAUUUGCUCAACAAGCUGGAUGAGUUUUUGAGAUAUGUUUAUGUCAGCGAUGAAGAAGUUGAACUAGUGAAAAUACGUAAAUAUUACGAACGUGAUCGGUAUUGGAUUCGCGAAGUUGAGCGAAUUUUUGGUUUCGAAACUCGACGUAUGAUUCUAAACUGGUUUCUCAGUGAUGAAGAUUGAGAAGUACUUAUUAGUAUUCAAUUUUCUGUUCAAUGAGUUGUAGGCAGCAAGAAAGACGUACUUUCUGUGAAUUUUUUGCUUUUUUUAUAUUUUUAGAAUUUUGUGUUAAAUAUAAGAUAACCUAUCUACAUUAAUAUUGUUUUUUGUUUUCACAAUUAUUCCUACAUAUACAUGAAAUCAAAUUUGUUAUUCUAACUAUUCUUUCUUGUUUUUUAAACAGCACUGUUUUUCACGUAUUUUCUUUUUUUCUUUUUUUUUUUCAAUAAAUACUUACCUAGAUCUUAU